AUGUAACCUAAUUGGAGUCAGAUAAUAAAAGUGUAUUAAUUAGUAUUCGAUUUAUUUACUUAUCUCUGAACACGACACCCCACCAUCUAAAUUGGUGACCCCGUGUGGAGAAAGUGUGAACUGUAACCAGUGAAUUUGGACUUGUAAUUCAGUGAAUCGGACGACCGGGGCAACUCACACAAGUGUACGUAGUGUCGGUUUAAUAUUAGUGCGCGUCAAAUUAAGAAAUUAUAAUGUCGUCUGAAGACAAGAAGGUCGUUAUUGAAGAACAUCAACUGUCGUCCAUCUCCAUCACAGCUAGAAUUCCGGAAUUUUGGAAGAAGUCGCCUAGAACAUGGUUUAUCCAAGCAGAAGCAGUUCUAAAUCCUCAGAAGAUGUCCGACGAAUCAAAGUACCAGGUCCUUAUUUCAAAAUUACCCCCAGACGCAGUUGAGCAAGUUACACAGAUCCUUGUGGAUCCCCCUGAGAAAAAUAAAUAUGAGACCUUGAAGAAUAAGUUGAUAUUUAUAUAUCAAGAAUCCGAAGAGCGGCAAGUAAAAAAACUCAUUGGCGAAAUGGAAUUAGGCGACCAGAAACCAUCACAAUUACUAAGAAAAAUGCAAGACCUAGCCAGGGGACGAGUAAAUAACGAAACACUCAUAGUUAUGUGGCAGAAUCAUUUACCAAAUUCGGUGCGAGGAGUUUUAGCUGUAACGGAAGAAAAAGAUCUAGAGAAAUUAGCAUCAAUAGCGGAUAAAAUAAUGGAAACGACGACUCCCAUACACAGUGUUGCGACUGUCAAACAGGAACCAGGCCCAUCCGGUUCUCAGGACCAAAUUAUUUCGGCAAUAAACAAAUUGAGUGAUAGAUUACAAAAUUUAGAGUCAAGAUCACGAGGCCGUUCAAAUAACUGGCGAAGGAAUAACUUUAGACGCAACAGAUCCAGGUCAGGGUCAAGAAGUCGCACAAGGAAAUUCGAAGAUCCAAAUUGGUUAUGUUUUUACCAUUAUAAGUAUCGCAGCAAGGCAACUAAAUGUGUGGAUCCAUGUAACUGGAAGAAAAAACACGACAAGGACAAGCCAGCGGAAAACUAGAGUCGGUGCAGUCUGCGACGGGAGGCUGUGACCGUGCCUUCGGGAAUCACCGUCUGUGUGUCAGAGACAGGAAAUCGGGCUUAAACUUCUUAGUGGAUAGUGGUGCAAACGUGUCAGUGUUACCGAGGAAAGUAGCCUACAUGAAAGGUAAUACAAGUGAGUGCUGUUAUAAACUCUUUGCCGCGAAUGGAACUCAGAUUAACACGUAUGGUACAUUGUACUUAGAAUUAGAUUUAAAUCUAAGACGAGCAUUCCGUUGGUUAUUUACAUUAGCGGACGUACAGCAACCAAUAUUAGGUGCUGACUUCUUAGCUAAUUUUCAGUUGUUAAUUGACUUGAAAGGACGAAGGUUAAUCGAUCAAGUAACUAAUUUAAGCACCAAAGGCAAUCUUUCUAAUUCUAGUGAGCCCACUUUGAAAACUAUCGUAAAUAAUUGCCCUUAUUAUGAUUUAUUAUGUGAAUUUCCAGAACUAACUAAACCAGUUUCGUACAAAGAAACGCCUAAACAUAAUGUUUGUCAUCACAUUGAGACCACAGGACCUCCAGUGCACGCACGAGCCAGGCAGUUACCACCAGACAGGUACGUAAAAGCUAAAAAUGAGUUUAAGAUUAUGCAAGAGCUUGGGAUUUGUAGGCCGAGUAAAAGCGCUUGGGCAAGUCCCUUGCAUGUUGUUCCUAAGAAGGACGGGAAUAUUAGACCUUGUGGAGAUUAUAGACGUUUAAAUGCGAUUACCAAGCCUGAUCGAUAUCCAGUUCCCCGUCUUCAUGAUUUUACGUAUAUGUUAGAUAAUAAAAAGG